UGCAACCAGUAAGCAAUUAGGAAAAGAAUCAGUUGAAUUCAGUUGCAAUUGGAAAAUUUUCAAUUGCAAUCAUAAUGCAAUUCACCAAUGUUCACAUAACAUCCAACAACUAAGGAGUUGAUUGGGCUCUAAUGCAAUUCUCAUUCAAAUAUGAAUUAGCAAAGUGGUUAAAAUAUAACACUUCUAGUGGUUCAUUUAAUUGUUGCCUUGCAUAAUGACUUUCCUAACAAAACUAUUUCUUUGACAUAGGUCAACUUCCGCCCUCAAUACAACAGUAGCUGAAUAGUUCCCAUUCUUCCAAGAUGGAUCGUCCAGAAAAUACGAUAAGUCAACUAAUACAAGAGGAUCAUAGAUCAAAGUGGAUCGCACAUAGCAAUCACAAUGUGAAAUGUUUCACAGAAGAUGAGAUAAUAAGAAUAACCAACAACUUUGAAACUAUGCUUGGCAAAGGUUCCUUUGGUGAAGUUUACAAAGGAGUUCUUGAGGACCAAAGUAUUGUUGCAGUGAAGAGGUUUAUCCACAAUGUAAAAGAAGACUUUGCCAAAGAGUUGACCGUCCAUAGUGAAAUCAAUCACAAGAACGUAGUCAGACUGGUCGGCUACUGCGCAGAUGAAAAUGCCCUAAUGAUGGUCACCGAGUAUGUUAUUAAAGGGAACUUAAGCGACGCCCUUCACCGGGAGAAUACUCCCAUCCCCUUGGAUACUAGACUCAGAAUUGCCAUUGAGUGUGCGGAGGCAUUGUGCUAUAUGCAUUCACAAAUGUAUACUCGAGUUAUUCAUGGUGAUAUCAAGCCUGCUAAUAUACUCUUAGAUGACAGGCUAAAUGCGAAAUUAUCGGACUUUGGAAUAUCAAGGCUGGUCAACACAGAAAAUACUCUAUACACUCUAAAUGUGAUAGGAAGUAUAGGUUACAUGGACCCAUUGUUUGCUCUGGAUGGUCGGCUCACACCAAAGAGUGAUGUUUAUAGUUUCGGGGUUGUACUUGUGGAAUUGAUUACUAGAAAAAAAGCGAAAACAGAUGAUGGAGAUGUUGGCUUGGUUAAAAUUUUUACUCAAUCUCUUGCAAAAGGCAUUAGGAGGGUGAGGGAGAUGUUUGAUGCGGAAAUUGCAAUCCCUGGCGACCUGAAGACUGUUGAAGAGAUUGCAAAGUUGGCAGGUAAAUGUCUGAGAUUGGAGUUCGACAAACGUCCUGACAUGUUAGAAGUUGCAGAACGUCUUCGCAAGCUUAGAAAUGCUGCACAUGAAAGGACAGCUCGGUUUUCCUGGGGAAGAAGAUACAAGCCAGCCCAGGCCCAGACGAAAUCAUCACAAGAAAGCAACAUUCGCAGCCAAAGCGUGAGAAUUGCAGCUCCAGCUAAAGUGGCACCAUCACAAGAAAGCAAUAGUCGCAGCCAGAGCGUAAGAACUGCAGCUCAAGUUGAAGUGGCACCAUCACAAGAGAGGAGUGGCACAAUUCACUAUGUGGGGAAUUUUCGCUUGAGCUCGACAGCGACAGAUAAUUUGCUAGAGCUGGUUGAUUUGCUUCAGGCGCCGGCUGGCGGUUAUACAGGUGGAAGUAUGUACAGGUUGACGCUACGUGAGAAUGGAGUCAAGUUGGCUGUGAAACGGGUUAAGGGAGCGGACUUGUCGAAGGCCGAGUUUGAGCAGCGUGCCACGAUGAUUGGCGCCAUCCAGAGUGAACACAUCGUGCCACUGCAGGCGUAUUACUAUGACAAGAAUGAGAUUCUGCUAAUGUACGAUAGCUUCACCAGCCUAGAACAAGCUCUCUACGGAGAGGGAGGCCCAUGUCCGCUGGACUUGAAACAGCGUGUAGCCAUUUCGCUUGCUGCUGCGCGCGGUGUGGCGUACAUCCACUCAGUCGGGCCAUCGAGCUGCCACGGCAACAUCAAUUCGUCGAACGUCAUACUCAAACGUAACUAUGGUGCAAGCUUGUUGGAGCAUGGCCUGACGACCCUUGGCUUGUUCCCUGGUGUCUCCGGCUACAGCGCGCCUGAGAUCACCGACGCUAAUUGGGUCUCUCAGGAAGCUGACGUCUACAGUUUUGGUGUGCUAAUGCUAGAGCUUCUCACCGGCAAGCCUCCUCUAAGGAGGACAGAACAUGCGGAGGAGGGUGCAUAUUUGCCAUGGUGGGUGCGUUCCGUUGGACGCCGGAAGUGGAGGGCGAAGGUGAUUGACAUGCAGCUCCUAGCACGGCAGCACGCGGAAGGUGAAGAUGAAUUUAUGGUGCGACUCCUGUUGCUUGGCAUAAAUUGCAGCAGCGAAGAUGCCAAGUUGAGGCCUACAAUCCAUGAUGUGGUGCAGCAUAUCGAGGAGAUGACAACUUGA